AUGGCCAGUGGAAAUGGGCUGGCUUCAUCCUCGGCCCUGGUGGCCAAGCGCCCCUCCGCCCUGGGCCCAUUCCCCAGAUACAUCUGGAUCCACCAGGACACACCCCGAGACAGCCUAGACAAGGCUUGCCAUGAAAUCUGGAAGAGAGUUCAGGGCCUGCCUGAGGCCUUGCAGCCCAGAACCUCAAAGGAGCAGCUCUCUGCCCCCAUGGCAGGGACUCCAAGAGACAAGAGGCUCAGCUUCCAAGAAGAGGCUCUGGAGCUCACCAGCAGCAAAGAUGAGAUCUCCUUGUUGGUGGAGCAGGAGUUCUUGAGCCUCACCAAAGAGCACCUCAUCCUGGGCACAGAGGGCUCAGAGGACCUAGAGGCACUUGGCAGCUCUCCCGAGGGGCCCAGACUGCCGGCUCCCCGCCUUCUCAUGCCGUCGCUGAUGGCAGGCAGCAGUGAGCGCUCAGGAGCCUCCGUGAUGGCCAGCGACAAGCUUCUGGAACCGAAGGUGGCUGUGUCCGUUAUUGGCAGCCGGCAGGACUGUGACUCUGCCAUGCCUAAGGUCACGAGCAUCCUGCCGGCUGCCAAGGUCAAGAGUGCCAAGGGGGCAGAGGACAGGGGCCGCAGCCUGGGGGCCUCCAACAUGGAGAUCGGCCAGCUCCUGUCCCAGUUCCCACUGAAGUCCACCGAAAUGCCCAAGGUCCCCAACGAGAUGGUGUUGGAGGAGACCAGGGUCAUCAAGGACUUCCUGCAGAACAGCAUGUUUAGUGGCCCCGGACCCAAGGAGCCCGGGGGGCUGGGCCCGUUCCUGCUGCUGCCUCCCCCGCCUCCUCCCACGCCUCUCGCCAAACUCGACAAGCUCCUAGAACUCCCUGCUCCGAAGAAGCAGCUCCCAGUGUUUGCCAAGAUCUGCUCCAAGCCCGAGGCUGACCCUGCCGUGGAGGAGCACGCCGGCCUGCACCCGCAGCGGGCAGCCCGGAUGCCUUAUCAGCAGACCCUGCACCCCCAGCUGGGGGGUUACUCCCGACAGGUGACACCAUUCAGUCCACAGCAGAUGGGACAGCAGGUUUUCCGCUCUUCCUACACGCCCCUGCUGGGCUACGUCCCCUUCGUCCAGCCCAACUAUUCGUACUCUCAGAGGACGCCGCAAAAGCUGUCCGGCAAUCCCCGAGAGCCUUCCCCCAUGGCAGGAGAU